GGAGUAUUAUAUAUGUAUCCGCUAAAGUUCAAUUCCUUCCAUACAUACAUUCCAACACACAAUAUUCCUCAAAGCUUAAAGAAAGCUAAGGCAAAAAAGUUGAUGAACUCGCAGAGACAAGGUGAGUUUCAAUCGGUAACAAAAGAUCUAAAGAUGAUUCAAGAGCUGUUAGCCGGAAAUAAUGGCGGCGGACUAGUAAGAAGGGAAUGCCCUCCAAAGCUUCCAUUUACUGAGUCAGCGCCCGGAGCGGCCGUUUCUUCUUCCUCCACGAUUUCUUCAUCUCCGGCACCGGAGAAGUUGAGGUGCCCGAGGUGUGAUUCCUCAAACACGAAGUUUUGCUACUACAACAACUACAAUCUCACGCAGCCUCGCUACUUCUGCAAGGCCUGCCGCCGUUACUGGACAAAAGGCGGCGCCUUGCGCAACGUCCCCAUCGGAGGCGGCUGCCGGAAAAACAAGAAUUCCUUCAUACCCACUUCUUCUGCCGGCGGGGGGAAGGCCAAGUGGACCUCCCCUUUUCUUGGAGGAUUUCAGCCGGAGACACCAUUAUCGUCAUCAUCGAAGCCGCCAUUUCUUUUUGCUUCCUCUCAGAACAGUAAUCUCACCCCAUUUCUUUCCGUUCUAAGAUCUAGUCAAAACCCUAAUCUUAUGAACCCUAGCCCUAGCGGUGUUCAGAGUACUGGAAAUGAAGCUCAUACUUUUUGGAGAAACAAUAAUAAUCAGUUUAUUCAUUCGCGCGGAGAAGCUCAUCAUCAGAGCAUGGGAGUUCUCAUGGGAAAUGCGGCGGCGGCGGCUUCCUCUUGGUCCUCUGCUUUCUCGCCGGCGAUCAUGGAGUCAGCUCCGGCGGUGUCGGGGUUGGGAGAAUUUGGUUACUGGAACCCUUCAGUAUCGGCAUGGUCCGACCUGCCGACAGCCGCCGGUGACCAUGAUGGAAGGCUUUCUACACAGAACCAAGUUUAAACUGUUCUUCCACCACUUUAUACGCAGCAUUUAAUUGUUUUUUAUUACUUGUUGUAGUAAUUUUAUGUUGAGUUACCCGCGCGUUAAUCGCAACAUGUUGAAUUUUACACUAUUCACAUGUUCUACUUUAACUACAUUUUAUGUUAUUAUUUUAUGAAAAUUAUUAUUUUUUUAAAUAUUAUUCAA